ACCGAGUAUCGAAUCUCACCUCGCGAGCCACAGGGGGUGCGGGGGCACGCGGAAAACUCGGUCAAAGGGUUCAGCCACGUAUCUCUCUCUCUCUAUGCCUCGAAUACAACAAGAUACAGUAUAUGCGUCCUAUCUUCCACGCAUUUGAUUAGAUUUAGAGGACGUGUGUGUGUGUGUUCAUGCACGCGCAGCUCUGAAUCCUGUGCGCCAGGCGCUGUACACGAAUGGUGGUGGCGGGGACGAGAGAUGCGGGGGAGAGGCUGAGCGCGCGUGUGGGUGUGUGUGUUCUGCGCGUGAACCCUGCGUUUUGCGGAGGUCUGUAAUUUGCUCCAGAUGACCACUUGGGGCCGGGAUAUGGAUCAUUCUGGGGAGGUGAGCGUUUCCUCACACGGCAUGACAGCGCAGCGCACAAAUAAAUGUAUUCUAUGAACAGCAGUUUUUAGCCAUGGAUCCAGACACCUUUUCACACUAAACUAAGUGUAGGACAACUUUCCUCCACAAUGACGGAGCAACAAGUGAAUAAUGGACAUAUGUAUCGGACACCAAAGUGAGAGUGGAGAGUCGGGGUAACUGCACUUGAACACAAAGGGGGAAUGCCGCAUCAGAAGCUUGUGCCAACUGCCGUUUUGGAAUGGAUACCGGUAAUUUCGUGGGUGUCAUCUGUUUUCUCCUUUUCUCUUGUGACGGGUUCCUCUCGCCUUCACCCGUCAGCGGCUUCUGUCCUGAGCGCUGCGACUGCCAGCAAGCGCAGCACAUCCUCUGUACAAACCGGGGGCUGCGCGCGGUGCCCAAGGUGCACUCCUCGCGGGUCCCAGAGGACGUGCUUGUCUUCAGCCUCGGGGGAAACUUCAUCGGUAACAUCUCCGCCUUCGACUUCACACGGUAUGGAAAUCUUAUAAGGUUGAACUUACAGUAUAAUCAAAUACAGACCAUUCACCCAAAAGCAUUUGAAAAGCUCUCCAAAUUGGAGGAGCUAUAUUUGGGCAACAAUCUGAUAUCAACAAUACCCCCAGAAACUUUACAGUCACUGGCAAAACUGACAACUUUGUAUGGCAAUAACAAUGACAUGAAGAAGAUUACUCCAGAGCUGUUUGGUAACUUGGAGAGCGUUGUGAAGCUGAGGUUGGAUGGGAACGCCAUAGAACUGUUACAGGACUCGGUAUUCAAGAGCUUGACUAAUCUACAUUAUCUCCAUCUAGAAUCGAACCAGCUGAGUCACAUCCACAGAAACGCCUUUUCCAAGCUCACCAAACUGCGCUUUCUCAACCUGGCGCAGAACAAACUGACAGCCGUGCGUAAUGUGUUUACGUUCUCCCAGCUCAGGUCACUGAAUACGUUGCUGCUCUCUGAAAAUGAAAUACAACACGUCGGAAACCACGUCUUUCAGAAUCUGAAAAAGCUUUCUAAACUAUCCCUCAGCAAUAACAACAUCUACCAUUUGGAAAGCGAGUCGUUGAAAGGACUGUCGAGCUUGACAGAAUUUCUGAUUGACGGGAACGUGCUGGAGAAUCUUCCCGCAGGACUUCUCGACCCGCUGGAGAGAGUCGAGGAGCUGGACUUUAGUUGCAACCAAAUUUCCACGGUGGACCCCUCGGCUUUUGAACAACUGAAGCAUCUGAGUGUUUUAAAACUCAAAGACAACAGGCUCACGAGCCUCUCCGGUAACAUAUUCGCCCUCAACAGCGGCCUUUACGAUUUGGAUCUCCAUGGCAACAACUGGACGUGUGACUGCCGCCUGGGCGACCUGAAGCAGUGGAUGAAGUCGGCGCACUCUCAGGGGAAGCUGCUGACCGUUUUCCUGCAGUGUCAUCACCCAGCGACACUGAGGGGGAAGUAUCUAGAUUAUAUCAACAGCUCCCAGCUGCAGCCCCCAGGGAAUUGGAGCCACUUGUGUGAGACCCAGACUGGGCCUGAGGAGAGCAGAGGAGGGGGUGUCCUGGAGAAGGAGAUGGAGAGAGGGCAGGGAGAGGUAAGGAAGGAGAUAGAGGGGGAGAGGAGAGGAAUAGAGGCAGAGGAAAGGAAGGAUGGAGAAGAGCAUAGGGAAAUUGGGAGUAGAGAGGGAGUGGAGAUGAAGGCAAUAAAGAAGGUGAGCAGGGGUAGAGAGGGAGAGGAUAGGAAGGAGGGAGAGGAGGAGGUGGGUAUCCAAGGGGACCAGGGAGGGCAAGAGGAGCGGGACAAAUCCCUGUCGUCGAACAGGAAGAGGAGGAAGAAAAUAUCUGCCAGCCCUAGGUCGCGACCUUCUGCUGAGGCUUCUGGGAAGCGUGAGAAAGGGAGGUGGGAUUCCGUUCCGGGCCGCAGCGUUCCUCAAACACAAGCCCCUCUCCUGAACAACCCCACGCCUCCAACCACAACCUGGCCUCAGACAGUUGACCACCAAAAUAGCCAUGGUAACCAUCUCAGUGGGCCAAUCACAGAGCUCCUCACCUCCUCUCCUCCCACCCCUCAAAAAGAGGAGUGGUUUGACCUGUUCAGAGGCGGUCAGGAGGACGUUAUACCUGCAGUGACCGACCCCUGUGUGUUCAACCGCCACUUCAUCACCAACGUGACCGUCGACCAGGUCGCCUCCAGCACAGCCACGGUCCACUGGACCACACGCGACCACAGCCGCUUUACACCGGGAGCCGGACCGGGACUAGAAGAGGUCCACUACCGAGUGCUGUUUGACCGCUUUGGGUCAUCUGACCGUUUUCCUCGGUACGUGUACGCCCGUGGCGGGGCGCGGUCGGUGAUGUUACGAGAACUAAGCCCAGACUUCACCUACAUGGCUUGUGUUGAGGGUGUGGUGGGAGGGUCUGUGUGUGAGGUGGCACCCAGGGACCACUGUGCCGGAUUGGUCACUCUCCCAGAAGAGGCUCAUCACCAAGAGACACUGACCUCUGACCUCCAGCUGGUCACCGUGGCAACACUGGCCGGCAACGCCGUCCUUCUUCUGGUGAUUGGAGGAGCCUGGCUGGGGCGAAGUUUGAGGCGGAAGCUGAAAAGGAGGAAGUCAGCAGUGCAUGUGCGUCACAUGUACUCCACGCGACGACCAUUCCGCAGCUCCAUGACAACAACAACGGCGGCGGUGUCAACAGACUUCACAAGCUUCCAGAGCAGCCGGCCGCCACGGCUCGGAACCCUGGAGGAAGGGGGCGACCUUAUAGAGUUCCCCUGCGACCGUUUCCUUGACAUCAGCCCCACCCGUAGAGACAACAGUGACAUGCAGAGGUUCUCAGAUUAAUAAACACCAGAGACCUGGAACUUGAAAACAUGUUUGCGCUGUGACCCACUUAAGCGCUAGAAUAUAUUUUUUUUAUUGUGAGCAUUAGAUAAUCCAUAUUUAGAACCUGAGAACACCAAUAUGCCAUCACCAGGAAGGAACAUCCUCAGGAGAGAUGCUGCAGAGACCGAGACAGAAGUGGACUGGUAUUUAACCUGCACUCUGGAGCACUUCAUGACCAUAGAAGGACCACAGCCAGGGUUGAGUUAUGACCAUAUAACCACAAGGUUAUAUUCAUGACUACAGAACCACAGUAAGGUUGUGUUCAGGCAAUAUGACCACAGUUAUAGUUCUGUUCAUGGGUUAUGACCACAGUUAUAGAUGUGUUAUGACCAAAGCUGUCUUUAUGGGUGACCAAAUAGCUGAGCUCAUCAGGGCUGAUUCAGACACUACAGGAAGUCAAUCCCACAAACUUCCUCUAAGCCUCAUACAUUUCCUGUUCCAUUACCUUGUGUGUGUGUGUGUGUGUGUGUGUGUGUGAGAGAGAAUUACCUGAUUUCAUCUGGUGCUAAUAUUAGACUAAUAGACAUUAAAUUGUGUAUAAAAUGUCAUUUGUAAUGUGCUUGAAAAUGCAAGAAAAGAUGGCUGCUGGUUGGCAGAAAUAAUUAUUUGGAUAUAUGUUUUUAUACUUUUAUACUCAACUAUGUAUUGUGCUAUGAGCACAAGUAAGUAACCAUGCAUUUCCUGACUGUGUGACUGUUGGACAUAAUGGUCCGUUUGUCUGUAUGAAAAGAAAAACCGAUGCCUUUGCAAAUAAUGGUGUAUGUCCUUUGUUCAUAUGGCUCCGAUACAUAUAAAGAAACCAAUUUUA